UGAUUUUUGAUUAUAAUCAUUGAUUAUGAAAUCUUAUGAAUGUAGAGAAAAUCUUAAAGUAUCUAGCACAAUGGCGCGAACAGUGGUGACAACUUGUGGUAAUGACAAGAAGUAUAAUCGAUUUCUCGCAAGAAUCGUUUGAAAGUAGCGCGAAAGUAAACAUGGUUGUUCCAAUUCUUUUCGUUGUACACACGAAGUUAUAUCAAAAAGAAUUAUAGGCUUCGUGAUCCUUACAAUUGCAUUGCAGAGUUUAAUUAUUAUUACAUCUUUCUAGACUUCAAUACUAUAACCAUGAGUAAUAGUCCACAUGAUAAAAGUGUUGAAAUAAUAAGAAAAAUUACGCAAUUGAAUCUUCGAUAUGGCGCGCUUUCAAUUUCUUUUCUCAUUGGUCAAGAAUGUAGAAACAUUGUAUUAUGACGUCAGCGUCCACGCGUUUAAAAUUCAAUGAAAUGUUUCUGCUCUACUCAUCUCGCUAUUUAUUAUGCCCCGCCCAAUACAACUCGAUUAAAUGCACGUUACGACAACGCAACUAAACACAUUCCAACAUGGCACGCUAUAUAUUAUUUUACGGACAUCUACUGUGUGUUUUUCAUUAAUUGUUAAACAACCAAGUCUUCAAUUUAUAAAAUGUCUAUUCUAGACGAACGCGAAGAAUACCUGAAGAAUCCAUAUUUUGUGAAGCACGAAUACGGAGAUUUCACACCAUUCUAUAUUACUAUCACUGUUUGUUCGAUAAUAGGUGGAAUUAUAUUUCUUUUGAAUAUAUUCUACUGUUGGUGUUCCCGUCACAAAGCUUAUUGGCAAGAUCGUCAUACCGGAAAUCGAUACAUUCAAUCUUUGUGGACAGUAUUGCCACAUAAAACUCCUCCUCUGGAUUUAAGUGAACUAGAAUCCGUUCGCAUUGCCCAUCCAAUUGUUAAGUCUGAAAUAAUAGAGUAUCACGAUACUGAAUCUCUCGAAAAAGGUACUCAUUCGCAGGAAUACUUGGAGAUGCAUAAACGUGAAAGUGAAAUUUAAUAUCACAUUGAUUUUAAUAGCUUAUGAUCGAGAAACAUAUGUACAAAGGUCAGAAAAUUCUGUAAACGCAUUUAGUAUUAGUAUAGAAGCACUCUGUGUUUCUUAUUUGUACAAAGUAGAAAAUAAUAUCGAAGAAAAGAUUAAUAGAGUCUGAUUAGAAAGCAAAUUCUUAUCGAAAAGUCUUUUGAAAUAACUGCACAAUGGGUUUACACGUAUUUUGGCCAGCCAGUGCUUGUUUAACGCUUUUUGUAGUUUGUGUUAUAAUGGUACUUCUCAAAUAUGGGCCACGUAUUUGUAAAGUACGUCAUGAAUCUCUUCCCUCUGAUCAAGAAUGGGAGGGAAAAACCUAUUCUCGUAAGCUUUCUAUUUCUUUAGCAUAACUUGUCAUAUU